AUGACAUCAACAAACGUAUACGAAAAACAUUAUCUUACCAAGUCUCGCACAAAAAAUGAUGAUAAUGUAUAUGUGUUGAUUUUAUUUAAAUGUGACAAUACAUUUAUUAUUAAAAAAAAAUCAAAUCUUCAUGGUAUUGCAGAAAAUGGUCUAGUGACGAUCAAAGAUCGAAAUAAAAGUUAUGUUGGUUAUUGUUUAUUUGAGGGAUCAUUAACAGAAGUGGAAUCUGCGGCUGAGCGUUUAGAUAAAGAAAUGAAUACUGAUUUAGAAUCAGAUUGUGAAAAUAUUAUGAAUAAUCAUAAAGUGAACAAACAACAAGGAUUCAGUCAAUCUUCAAUAUUAAAAACGCCAAACAAUUCAAGUUUUAAGAUUGAUCGUUCAGCAACAAUAAAAAAUAGUAAGGUUCAAAAAAAAAUAAAUAAUGAUUCAAUAGAUUCAACAAAACGAUCUUUAGCUACGACGUCUUUUGAUAGUGCAUCAAAAACGUAUGAAACACCACCAAUUUUAGACAAGGCUGUUCAGAAUAAAAAAGUACUGGAAGCAUCAUACAAACAAGAUGCUGCUUCUGCUUAUCAAGCCCGAUGUGAUAGUCAAUGUGUAACCGAAGACGAAGAAACUCUACAAAGUGAAGAAACAUUAUCAUCGUAUGACGGUGCUGAUGAUUUUGAAACCGAUGAUGAUGACGACUCAACAGAAACAAUGGUUGGUAUUACAAAGUCAUUAACAACAGCAGCACGAUUGAAAUCAACAUCAGUUAAUCAAAUUAAUGUAGCACUAUUUGGUGGUGAUUUUGAUACAGAAAAUCAAUCACAGAGUGACGUGCCAUUUCAGCAGUCUCUAAGUUACAAGAAACAAGAUGGUACAACUGUCGAUUUAUUACAAUUAUACGGCGUUCGAACACAGAUAGGACGUUUCGUCGCUCUGGUGAUGGAUCAUGUGUUUACAAAACAUGAACUAUGCACCAUCACAACAAGUGAACUGAUAAAAGAUGAACGUUAUAACAUUAUUAGGGAAACUGUAAGAUCAAGAUUCAAACUCGAUGCGAAACAAAUGAAUAUCGAGUGGCCGACAAUUCAUGAAAGUAUACUUCAAAAACGACGCAAUGAAAGUAAAAAGAAAAAUGGUAAUACCAGCAUCGUCAACAACAACCAUUUACCACCACAAUAA